AUGGCAGAUAUGCAAGCAGACCCCGAAUUGGAAUUGGACGAGCAACCUGACUCUCGCAUUGACCACGCCGCCUCUAUCGAGUACUGGAAUUCAGUCGCCCCAACACCCAGUGGCAUGCUUGGUGGCUACCCCCAAGUUUCUGCAAUUGACCUGCGCGGCUCCUCCGCCUUCCUAGCCAAGGUUCGUCGGUUAAUACCUUCAACCGGCUCUGGGAAUAUCAAGCUAGGAGUUGACUGCGGUGCUGGCAUCGGUCGUGUCACUGAGGGCUUCCUAAACAAAGUAUGCGAUAUUGUGGAUAUUGUCGAGCCUGUUGAGAAAUUCGUCGACGUAAUCAAACAAGGGAAGCUAUACAAGGAGGGGAAGAUCGGCGACAUAUAUAUCACUGGCCUGGAAAAUUGGACACCAACGAAGUCUUACGACUUGAUCUGGCACCAGUGGUGUAUGAACCAUCUCACGGAUGCUCAGCUGGUGGAUUGUCUGGUCCGGUGCAAAGAUGCCCUGUCAGAAACAGGAUUGGUGGUAGUUAAGGAAAAUAUUUGCUCGGAUAACACGCGAGAUCACUAUGAUGACGUGGAUAGGACGGUCACCAGAACCGAUGAAAAAUUUAGAAAACUGUUUCGGCAGGCAGGAUUGAAAGUAUUGUGGUCAGAGGAGCAAAUGGGAUUUCCACAGAGAUUAAAAUUAUUGCCGGUCAGAUUUUGGGCUCUGCGCCCUGAGACAUGA